AUCAUGAACACCAAAUAUGAUAAGCUCCUAGCUAGUAUAUUUCAGAAAUAGAGGGUGUAAUUGAAUAAUAAUGACAAGGAGUUCAAUGAACUACAGUCCCUGAGUUAGUGCCUGUGCUUACCAAGCAUACGAGGCCUCUAUAAAUACUUUCCAACGAAUGAUUUAAGCUACUCAGAGCAAGAAACAAGCAGCAGAAAUGGAGUUUUCAGGAGGCACAGUAUUCCCUGUGAUGUUACUUCUGUUAUGUGCAUUAUUGAUAUCCGAAGGCCAGAAUAUGGCGGAUUCAACAUCAUCAUCGUGUGAUUACCCUGCAAUAUACAACUUUGGCGAUUCGAAUUCGGAUACAGGAGGGAUCGCAGCAGCAUUUUUCCCAAUGGCAGCACCCUGCGGUGAGACGUACUUCCACAGGCCUGCCGGAAGGGCCUCUGAUGGCCGCCUUAUUAUAGACUUCAUCGCUGACCACCUGGGGCUACCGUUUCUCAGUCCAUACCUGGAUUCAGUCGGGUCCAAUUUCCAGCACGGCGCAAACUUUGCAACGGGAGGGGCAACAAUUCGGCGGCAGAACGAAUCAUGGUUUGAGACCGGCGUAAGCCCGUUCCCUCUGGACAUUCAGGUUGAACACUAUACUCAGUUUAAAGAACGAUCAGCCUAUUUUUACAGUCAAGACAAGGUAGCAUCCGAUAAAAGCAGGCUCCCAAAACCGGAGGACUUCUCCAAGGCUCUAUACACGUUUGACGUAGGCCAAAAUGAUCUCGCCGCUGCUUUCAGAAAGAUGAGCUGGGAAGAGCUCAGAGCUGCGUUACCGGACAUAGUCAACCAAUUUGCUAAACAAAUCCGAGGUAUGUACGAGAGAGGAGCAAGAGCAGUUUGGAUACACAACACGGGUCCCAUCGGUUGCUUGCCGGCGUCCACGGUCAAAGUGAAAAAUCCACCGCCGGGGUAUCUGGAUGAACAUGGGUGUAUCAAGAGCCAGAAUGAUGCAGCCAUGGAGUUCAACACACAGCUCAAGGAAACGGUGGUGCAACUGAGGGCAGAGCUGUCAGGAGCGGCAAUAACCUACGUAGAUGUGUACAGUGCAAAGUACGGAUUAAUCAGCAACGCAAAGAAACAUGGAUUUGAGGAGGCUUCCAAGGUCUGCUGCGGCAUUCAUGGAUUGGAGAAUGAUGUGUGGUGCGGGAACAAAGGGAUUGUGAACGGCAGCGAAGUGUACGGAGGUUCCUGUGCAGAGCCCGGGGGAAUCAUCAGCUGGGACGGAGUGCACUAUACUGAGGCUGCAAACAAAUGGAUUGCCAACCUCGUACUCAAUGGUUCGCUCUCUGACCCGCCACUCCCAAUCGCAAGAGCCUGUCAUCCCCAAAUCUGAGCUGCUGCUGCUCCUCCUCCUUACCAUCUUCUUCUGCACCCUUAAAACUAACACGUAAUGUGAUAUAAGAGGUAGUUGUAAGUAAAUCUUUAGUUAGCACAGACAUGAUUGAUGAUACCACUACUACGUUGCUGUCUUCGAUCAUCCGGCCAAACCAAACACUCUUAUAUAACCACUACGUUGUUGUUCUCAGGAUGUACUAUUACGUUUUGAAAAAAUAAAACGAAGAAGUCUUAAAGAGAUAAGAGUUGGGAGAAGCAGAUGGUAUCCCCUCUUUUCUUCUCGCAUUAAUAGCCAAAAAGACCAAGAGCCGGUCAAGCACAUCGCACGUUAUUCCUUUCUUUCUUUGUUUUUUUUUUUUUUUGAAAUUCUAUUUAUAAAACGACUGCAGUAGACUUAAAAUCAUUUUAGGUUGACUUUUUCUAUCUAUAGAUUAUUAUUUUGAACGAAACUUGGUGGUUUAACUAUUUAUUAAUUACUCAAAAAAUUAAUGAAGAAGUAUAUGGUCUAUGGAUAUUGGGUCGUCUCUCAACUCCAGCAAGAAGUAACACCAGGCCCACGCCUCUUCCGUACAUCCAGGAACCGCUCGAUCAAAUCCCAAAUCCCAAAUCCCAAAUCCCAACGGCAUAGAUUUGAUACCCAUAUUGAUAUUAUACCAUCUUUAUAAAAUUACAUAAACCCCACCUACCACCGUGGCUCCAAGAAAACUUGGCCUUCAAGCAAACCAACUCUAGCAGUAACCGAAUCAAUUCCUCUGCCCAUUUCCAAUCAGUUCCUCCGUCUUACCAUGAAACAGUAGUGCUACUACUUUUACAGUAGUAUAUACCAUCGUCCUCCUCUCAGUCUCAGUCUCAGUAACCAGCCAGCGCUGAUACUCGUCUAAAAUGUGGUAAACCCCAUCCGUCCUUUCUCCAAUAUUCACAGACCCCUUCUUCUUCUUCUUCAUCAUAAUCAACAAUCUCUCCAACCAACUUCUUCCAAUAUGGCUCCUAACCCCAGUUCUCUCCUCGGCCCACCUGAGAUUUACCGACCACCUCCCACCACAAGGCCCCCGCCUUCUUCCUCCUCCUCCGCCAAAUCCGACCCCUUCAUGGACCUUAUGGUCGCCAACUUUAACACCCUCGCCGACAAUCCCCCUAUGGGCUUCACCGAAAACUACUCGGCAACCUUUCUUUCCAGCGGCAACCCUUGUUUGGAUUUUUUCUUUCACGUGGUUCCCAAUACCCCGCCAGAGUCCCUCACCCAACGCCUUCAACUCGCCUGGGAUUUCGAUCCCCUGACGACCCUUAAACUGAUUUGCAACCUCCGCGGCGUCCGCGGCACUGGAAAAUCUGACAAGGAGGGUUAUUACGUGGCCGCACUUUGGCUUCACAUUCACCACCCUAAAACCCUAGCCUGCAACGUGCUCGCCCUCGCUGAUUUUGGCUACUUUAAAGAUUUGCCCGAGAUUCUUUACAGGCUUCUCGAAGGAGCCGAUGUGCGAAAAAGGGCAAAAGACGAGCGGAGAAGUAAAACAGGGAGGAGGGGAUUCGGAUCAUGCGCCAGGAGGAAAAGAAGAUGCCAUCCAAUUUUUGGCACCAGAGGAGGAGGAGGAAGGGCAAGGGCUGCCCCUUUUUCCAGGAAGCCCAAGAGGAGUGGGAACAAGGAGGGCGCCCCUCCCAGGGAGGCCAGAAUUCUGGCUAAUCGGCAGCAAGUUGAGAUGCAGAAACAAAUGGCCAGGAAUCAAAGAGAGGAGAAGAAAAUUAAGCAGGCCAAAAUGGCCGUUGAAAGGUAUCGCCGCGACCCAGAUUACAGAUUCUUGCACGAACGCGUGUCUGAUUUUUUUGCAGAACGCUUGAAAGCAGAUUUGGAGUCGUUGAAUUUUUGGGAAUUGAGCAAGAUAAGCCUUGCUGCCAAGUGGUGUCCCUCACUGGAUUCUUCCUUUGACAAAUCGACCCUCUUAUGCGAAAGCAUCGCGAGAAAGGUGUUCCCCAAGGAGUCCUAUCACGAAUACGACGGGAUUGAGGAUGCACAUUACGCUUAUCGCGUGAGAGACCGACUGAGGAAGCAGGUGCUGGUUCCCCUGCGCAAGGCUUUGGAAUUGCCCGAGGUCUACAUUGGCGCUAACGACUGGGGCUCCAUCCCUUAUAACAGGGUUGCAUCCGUGGCUAUGAAGAAUUACAAGGAGAAGUUUCUGAAACACGAUAAAGAAAGGUUUGAGGAGUAUCUGUCGAAGGUGAAGGAUGGCAAGGCCAAAAUUGCUGCUGGUGCAUUGUUGCCACACGAGGUUAUUGCGGCUUUAAAUGAUGCGACGGUGGCGAAGUUGCUGAGUUGCAAUGGCGGAGAAUGGUGGAGGAUUUGGCCAACAAGGGAAAAUUGAAAAACUGCCUUGCAAUCUGCGACGUUUCGGGUAGCAUGUCCGGGGCACCCAUGGAGGUGUCUGUGGCUCUGGGGGUUUUGGUUUCUGAGCUGAGUGAAGAGCCAUGGAAAGGAAAGCUCAUAACGUUCAGCGCAAAUCCCAAGCUUCAGAAGGUUGAAGGGGAGGAUUUGAGAUCCAAGACGGAUUUCGUGAGGCAUAUGGAGUGGGGAUGAACACCGAUUUUCAAAAGGUGUUUGAUUUGAUACUGAAGGUGGCAGUGAAUGGGAAGUUGAAGGAGGAUCAGAUGAUUAAGAGGGUGUUCGUUUUCAGUGACAUGGAGUUUGACCAGGCUUCCGCCCAUCCUUGGGAAACUGAUUACCAGGCAGUACUUAGGAAGUUUGGAGCAAAAGGGUAUGGAAAUUGUGUGCCAGAGAUAGUUUUCUGGAAUCUCAGAGACUCAAGGGCCACACCCGUCCCCGAGAUCAGAAAGGGGUUGCACUUGUCAGCGGAUUUUCGAAGAAUCUGGUUACUCUAUUUUUGGAGGAUAAUGGAGGAUUGAACCCAGAAGCCGUCAUGGAGGCUGCAAUUUCUGGUGAUGAAUAUAAGAAGCUAGCGGUGCUGGAUUAAGAUGGGCUGCCAUGGAAAAUAUAUGAGUAUUAAAUAGCGGUAGUUACUUUUUCUACCUGUUAGACGUGUACAAAUUUUCUCUAGAGGCAAUGAAAAAGAAAUCUUGAA